GUUUCCUUCAGUCGCGAUGCGUCCGUCGUAGAGGGCGUACAUCUCGUUGCUCCGCAGCUCUUUGAUUCGGUUAAUGGUAUCUCGAAUUAAACGUUUUCGUAAACAGGUCAGAGAGGGUUGCAACGGCUUAGUGUUAAUAUUGUGCCUAUUUGUUUUUUAAAAUUCAGAGGAAUUAAACUUUUUGAAAACUUAGUUGAGUGAUUGUGUUUUGUUUUGAAAGAAUUUACGCGUGACUUCGACGAUUUCUUGAAGAUCAAACCAAAGUGAUGCGGUUAAACAGUGUCAGUGUAGUGUAGUGAGUUCAAAUGUCACAACAUGGGUUGCACGCCUAGCAUGCUGCUUGACCAUAAGAGGAGACGUCGUGAUAGCACGGGCUCGCAGGAAGCUGCGCUUGCUAAAGUCGCGCCUACGCCCGUUUGCAACAAGGCUGUGCAGGCGGCUCGUGCGCCUAGAGCCUCGCUGGAGUCCGACGGCUUCAGCAUACAACUAUCAAGCAAGAAGGACAGCUAUGUUUCUCAAAUGGGAAAUAACUUUGCAACUCAGUUACACAUAAAAAGGAUAUCUGGAAGUUCGAGUGGAUCGCCAGGAGCGCGCGCCGGUCGCCGCUCUUCUCUCGCACUCACACCGGAAGAUGAGCCCUUAGUCGACGUAGCUAACAGAUCUCCUCCGCCGUCGUACAUCCCCUCGGCCCUCUUCUACGCGCCGCCGGAGCCGCUUGAGUUACUAUGCGUGUUCCCGGAGCGUGGGUCGCGUGUGUGCGCGGCGGCGUGCGCGGCGGCGGCUAGGGCGGGCGGCGAAGCACGCGCGGUGCGUGGGGCGCGGGAAGCGCUCGAUGCGUUCAGGCGCGACGCGGACGCGCGUCUGCCUCACGUCGUGGUAGUAGACGCGCGUCAACCGCAGACUCUCGACGCUACUAUGUUAGCUAGAACUAUCAGAGGAAUAAAGAACACUCAACAUAUAGUACUUGUAGCUGUUGUGAAGAAAAGUGUUUACCUCAAAGACGACUUCGCAGUUCUGCAAUACCUGGAAGCAGGCUUCAACCGGGUGAUGGUGGAGACAGUAGGUAGUACGGCAUGGUGCGGCGAGAUUCUACAAGCACGUGCCGCGGCAGCAACAUCGCGUGCGCAGGUCGCCGCGGUCGCCGCCCUCGCUGCUGCUGCAGACCGCUGCCGGGACCUAGUUGCUGUUACUGACGACCAGCAGAGGAUUCUUUUGACAAACAAGUCAUGGGGCCGUAUGCUGGGGUGGCGCGGCGACGAAGCUCCGCGCCCUCUGGCGGAGACGGUGGGCGGAGAGGCGCUGCGGCUUGCGGCAAGCGGCGCGCGCGACUGGGAGGCGCCCGUCAUGCUGCGCCGCCGCGCUGCGCCAGACCCCAUCCUGCUGCCCUGCCGCGGCGCAUCCGUCGCACUGGCUAGGAGCACAUCUCACGUGGUGUUCGUGUGCGAGCCUGGCGGCGGGGAGGGCGAGCGCGCGCGCGGCUCCCUGCACUCCAUCAGGCGGGGCUCGCUGGACGUGCGCUCCGUCGCCUCCGACGGGCUGCGGAGAACAUCUCUAGCCAAGCUGCAGGGACUUCCACUAGAAGCUCCCAUCACUAAGGUGAUAUCAUUACUAUCGGCGGCGACAGAGGGCGCUCCGCCCUCCACUGUCGCCUGCAUUGAACGCGCCGUCGACAUGCUGCGGACCUCGGAGCUGUACUCGCCGCAGAUGAAGGAGGACCCCAAGCUGAGGGCAGAGGACCCAAUCGCGACCGACCUCAUUGGAGCACUGCUCUCGCAAGGGCCGACUAACGUCCUGUCUUCGCGGCGAAGCAGCAAUGACUCCACAGUUGUCAGGUCUCAGACGAACAGAACUAACAUCAAACACAAAACUUCGGGUCAGCUACGCGAGCUGCUAGAUACAGCUUUAAGCUGGGAGUUCGAGAUCUUCCGUCUAGAGGACCUGACUCGCGGGAGGCCGCUGGCGCACCUCGGGCUGGCGCUGCUGGGCGGACGCUUCGACGUGUGUGCCGCGCUGGAGUGCGACGAGCGCACGUUGCUGCACUGGCUUACCGUCAUCGAGACAAACUACCACGCGGUUAAUACCUACCACAACUCUACGCACGCCGCCGAUGUGCUUCAGGCCGUAGCAUACUUCCUGGAGAAGGACCGACUGAAGACACUGCUGGAGCCGCUGGAGGCGGCGGCGGCGCUGAUUGCCGCAGCGGCGCACGACAUCGACCACCCCGGCACCUCCUCGGCUUUCCUCUGCAACGCGCGACAUCCCCUCGCUAUACUCUACAAUGACAUUUGCGUGCUCGAAUCCCACCACGCCGCGCUCACAUUCAAACUCACACUCAACGAUGACCGUGUGAACAUCUUCAAGAAUCUCGACCGCGACACUUACAAGACGGUCCGUCACAACGUCGUCGACAUGGUGCUGGCCACCGAGAUGACGAAGCACUUCGAGCACCUCGCCAAGUUCGUCAACGUCUUCUACGCCAAGUCCAGCGGCAGCAAGGAGGACGGCAUGCACACCGACGAACCUCUGUCUCUGGACACGACAGCUCUGUCUCUUCCUGAAAACGUGAUCCUGGUUAAGCGAAUGAUGAUAAAGUGCGCUGACGUGUCCAAUGCAUCACGACCCCAGAAGUUCGCAUUUGAAUGGGCAAGAAGGAUCGCGGAGGAGUACUUCCUGCAGACGGAGGAGGAGAAGGCGCGCGCGCUGCCGGUGGUAAUGCCGAUGUUCGACCGCGCCUCCUGCUCCGUGCCGCGUUCGCAGAUCGGCUUCAUCGACUACAUCAUUAUUGACAUGAUGGAGGCUUGGGCUGCAUUCAUUGACAUGCCGGAGUUGGUGAACCACGCGCGCAAUAACCACACGCGCUGGCGGGAGCUGGACGAGGCCGGAAUCAGCUCGCUGGCGGAUGUGAAGCGAGCCAUGCGCCAGCAGGCCAUACAAGCCCCGCCUACCUCCACCUCAGAGCCCACCGCAGAGGAGUGAGCGAGCAAUGGAUGCGGCAAAGCGAAACACUCGCAAGUGAGCGAUGAAUCAAUGUAGUACAGUGUACAGUCGCAUGGUACGAGAGGGACGGUCACGCUCGAAAUCAUACACAAAGUACAGUCGCGUACGAAAAGUUUAUAAUAAAAUUGUAAAAUCGCUAUUUAUUUCGGGAGUAACAUGCGACUAAAAACUGUUUUCCGAGAGCAGCAUAUUCGUGCACAAUAGAAUUGAUGUGCGGUAUCCAGCGGGCAAAAGUUAGUAAGUCGAAAAAACGUAGCAUUCUCUUUCAAGUCUUUAUUAUUGGAUGUAUAUUUGAUAAGUUAAUGGAUACCUUUGGAAUAAUGUUGAACUGCUUUAUGUGUAAUAUUACUUUGGAAUUAUCUAAUAUAUGUACGUAAGACAAACGUAAACUGCAUUGUGCCACGAAUAGUUUUGAUGUAAGUUAGCACUUUGAUAAUUGAUUUUCGAUGUGACACUGUUCUAAAUGUUUUUUAUCUCAUAUUUAAAACUAUUUCUACAACCGAAACACCUGUACAAAAAUAUGUUGUCUCUCUUUGAGAACAGGGAUAAUGAUGUUCUUGUAAAUGUGUUUCGGAAGUGGAAACGAAGCUCUAGAGAGCAGGAUUGAGAUGUAUGAUGGACAAAGAGCACGGUACGCAUUUGGUGUCAACGUAAAAAGUCUGAAUUGGAUCAUAGGCACGCUCGUUGCCUGACGGAUGUGUCCGAAAAUACGCUUAUUUUAUACUACUUAUAACCAUAGUAUAAGUAACAGUAAAUUCUAUCAAUGUUAUCUACAUAUUCAUAUAGUAUUAGGAUAAUAAAUAUUCUAUAUAUGUAUUUUUCAUAAUUCUGUCAUAUUGUAAGUAGGUUCAUUGAUUAAUUUUGCGUAGUAUGGAUUGAAGGCUACUAUGCCUUGGAGACGGGUAAUUAUUUUGUGUAGUUAAAGUAUAUUUGUUUUGGUUCGUGUCCGUGAUUAGAGUGCCAUAGAUGUAACGUCAGCCAGCAAAGCGGCAGAGAUUGUCUCUGGUCGCACGCCAUGACAUAACUAUUUAUUAACUGUCUUAUCAAUCGCAGUAAUAGACAUAGUCCUUCUUUUUCCUAACUGAAUUGGUCCACUUUACACUUGAGCUUUCAGAGAAUUCCUAUUUUUUAUAAUAACUUUUAUAAUACCUAUUUACCGACUAUUUCGGCAACUUCAUAUCAAAAUUUCCAGUUUUUGAACGAUUUAAAAAAUUUUCUCCGACGUAGUAUUUGUUACUUAGUUUUAUUUUAACGUUCCUUUCUGAAGAAUUUUAAAAUUUGAUACCCAAAAGUUAUAUGUUUAUAUAUCUGGUAAUCUAGGCUACCUAUUUACUAAUCGCUUCAACACUACGUAUUUAAUAAUUUAUUGUAUUAAUAAGGUAAAUGAUACGUCUAUAAAUCCCGCUACAUACGCUCAGUUUUAACUGUUCACUUCAACUGACAGUUAGGACUGAACAGUUGGAUCGAAAAGUUAAAACUGUCAAUUAAAGUUGAGCGGAUGUAGACUUUAGAUUUAUUAAGGUUGACAUUUAUUCGUCUUUAUGACGCUGGUACAUAUAAGUAAUCUGUAAUGAUGUAGAACGUAAAAAUUUAUUGAAUUUUUUAAUACGCUUUCUUGUGCUCAAUGUCUAAAAACGGUCUAAAAUUGAAAAAAAAAAUGAUUCUUCAAUGUAUACUUUAUUAUACCUAUACAUCUAUCAAUAUAUUUAUGAUAAAUUUAUUAUUAAGUAUGUUAUUGUAGAUCGGUGUGUUCAAUCUCAUAUUUUUAAAACGUAUAACCAAAACGCACUUACUAUUUGUGUAGCUGACUGUACAUGUAUUUAAUGAUACUGCUGAAUAGCUCAAUUUACGUAUGUUUAAAAAUAGAUUUGAAAUUAUUAUAUAGCACAAAGAACAUAUAACUACUUCGAAAUGGAAAUUCUAAGCUAUUUAUGUUUUUAUUUAUAUAUUAAAUAUGUUAAGAUGGUAGUGUGUGACGGGGGCUGGUCCCCAUAUUUAUUUGUGGAAUAAAUAUAUUGUUAUGGAUUACGCAUUAAUAUUGCGUUUUAUGAGUACCAACUAAUAAAUGUUUUAUUGAAACUAAAUAUUUUUAAAACUUUGUAUAAAAAUAUUCGUCUACAAGUAUCGGUUUAAGUCUCAAAUAAAAUUAACACUGACACUUAAUUGGUUUAUAAAAAAAACAAAAGCUGAGCAAACGUAAAAAUUAUACUUUUAUUUUAAAGUUGUAUAAAUUUUCUAUACUUUUUAAUGACCUAAAAACAGGUAAAAACAGAUUUUUAAUUUCAAAACUGCUAUAACAUUUUGAUAAGUUUUUUUUUUCAUCUAUUUGAUAAAUUACAAGAGACUUAAAGCGAUAGAUAUAUUUUAAUCUGUAGUUUUCCAUUGAAAUAUUUUAUUAAUGUGUAAGAGUUGUUUAUUGCUUCAACUGUGUAAUAAUGUGCGUAACCUAAACAAAAAAAAUCAAUCAAACCACGUAUAAUCAUAUAUCUACAUUAAUAGGUAAUGUAUUGAAUCCUUCGUAAAGAAAUUAUUUGCAAUUAAAUCAAUAAACAACUGGAAAGCAUUUUUAAUGAAUGUCUGUAUUCGAAAUAAUAAAAUUGACAUUGUUAAGUGUUGUAAAUAAAGAAAUACUUAAAAC